UCCACCUCAAAAGCUUUGAAAAAGUAAAAGCGUUGCUAGUUGUUGUGUUGGCCCCAAAUAAAAAUGUACUUGGGGCUGAAAUUGGUUGUUUCGGCCUCGUUCCUGGUUGGAAUUAGCUCUUUCAACCUUGAUUUGUUCCACCCAAUUAUUUAUCAAUCAAAUCAACCUGGCGACUAUUUUGGAUACAGUCUGGCGCUCCACCCAGGUAGCCCCGCUAAUAAUGAUUAUCCGUGGAUGAUGGUGGGCGCUCCUAAAUCAAACAACUCUGUUUUGAGAUCAAUUCGCCGCGACAGUGGCCUCGUCUAUAAAUGCUCCAUCAUGGGUCCAUGCAAUAGACUCAAACUAGAGCCCCCUUCAUCAAAAAAAUACACCAACGUGUGGGACGGUGCGAUGGUAGGCAGCACGAUGGACAUGACACAUGAAAGAUUCGUCGUUUGCAGUCCGAAUUGGAAAACCAAGCUCAACAAUGACAAUGCCUACCUGCACUUGUACGGAAUCUGUUAUUCGGGGCAGUCUAAGGAUGCUGAUAACUUUGACUAUUUCAUUCCGCUUUCUGAUGGAAGUCGAAACAAUGACUUGGAACCGAUCAAUAACCAACAUUUUCCGAAAUACAUUUGGGGCCAAGCAGGAUUUUCGGUUACAAUGCAGAGUAGUGCGACGGGGAAACAUGAGAUGUUGAUAGGUGCGCCGUCUGUUGGAAAUUGGGACGGUUCCACGGUGACCUAUCGGGACGAUUCAGACUGGAGUGAAGGACGCUCUCGCAGGCGAAGGUCUCCGAUCGCACACGCAUUUACUCAGGGACCUUUAAUCCCCAAUUUAAAUGAAGAUAAACGGUUUAAGGAUUACAGUUUUCUAGGUUAUUCCGUGGCGCUUGGUAAAUUUUUCUCACGGUCCGAGCUGGUCAUAGCCGCCGGCGCUCCUGCCGCCGAUUUAACUGGAUCGGUGUUUGUGUACAAAAUAACGUAUAACCGCUGGCAAAGACUAUUUCCCAUGGUGAUUGACAUCUUAGAUGGAAGUCAACCUGGCGAAUAUUUUGGCGCCGCCAUCGCUUCAGGAGAUAUAAAUAACGACGGAAUUGAUGAUUUAGUCGUAGGCGCCUCGCAAUUUUCAAAUCUGCCGUACUCGCAGAAUGACGGCCGAGUCCUUGUUUACUUUGGAAGCCUCAGGGGCCGGCUCGAAACUGCGCCUUUCAACCACGAAAUUAAAGGGCAAGCUCGAAACGGUCGUUUAGGGUCAACCAUCGCCUGCAUUGGUGACAUCGAUCUGGACGGCUAUGAUGACUUUGCGAUCGCUGCUCCUUACGAGGGCUCUGGUGUUGUGUACAUUUACAUGGGCAGUGCCCAAGGUUUGCAUUUAAGCCAAGUUGUAGCUGGAUCGCAGUUUAACCCUCAGAUGUCUGGUUUUGGAUACGGAAUUUCGCGUGGUCAAGAUAUUGAUGGAAAUGGAUAUAAGGACAUCGCAAUCGGUGUCUACAGAUCAGGGCAUGCUGUGGUUCUGCGGGCUAAACCAGUGGUUACUCUCACGGCAAAAAUUUCGUUUUUGGGUGAAAAACUGAAAGACGACUCGAAGGAGUUAAACGCGGAGAUCUGCAUCAUGUAUUCCGGUCAAUCUCCUCCAAAGAAAAUAAAGGUUAUCAUGGUUUUGAGUAUGGAUCCGGGUAAUUACCGCAUAUAUAGAGCACUAAACCCAAGCACUAGCAUCACACAAGAAACUUUGGAAGUUCCACUUCAGGGAGAUUGCCGCAUGAUCAAGUUUUUACUCCAGGGAGAUAUAAGAAAUGUUUUUACUCCAAUUCAAGUUAUUGCAAACUUUUCGCUUGCUCCAGAAGAUACAGCGCGGGCGGCGCCUAUUUUCAUUUCUGGAGAUAACAGGGUUUCAGGCCAAGAUAAAUUUUGUAGAAAUUGCCCUUUACUGAGGGGCUCGACGGUCACUACAAAAGCCGAGAUGGGAUUUUAUCUUGCGUGUCGAAUUGAAAACAAGUGUGUCGCAGAAUUAAAAUUACAGGCGCAGUUCCUUGAUUCCUACUCCUCUCUCGUGCCAAUUGAUCGAUAUGUCGUGAAAGAUGUGAACUCGGCGGUGCUUCAGUUGAUUGUUGACAACCAGGGUGACCCUGCGUACAACACAAAGGUGACCAUCAAACUGCCGAGCUCGCCGGUCACAAUCCCGAGUGGCUGCAAAGAUUCGGCAAACGGCACUGUCGAGUGCGACGUCGGCAACCCUUUGAAGAGCAAAACGCAACGCAUACUAUUGCUUGAGCUCGAUUUGCAGACGUCAGUCAUGGACGACUCGGCGCUAUCGGUCGGAAUUCAAGCAACCACCAACACUGUUGUACUGAACCAGCAAGCAUUGACCACAAAUUUGCUUCUGCCACUUGCUUAUCAGGCCGACGUCACCGUAUAUGGACAUCCUCAGCAAGAAGAUUACAGAUUUGAGCUUGAGUCUGGAAACAAAGAGGCAAAGAGUAAAGUUUCGCCUGUGUUGGUUUACAAGAUGGAGAAAGCAGGAAAAAGUCCUCUGCAGGAAGUGGCUUUGAAAGUUAAAAUUCCAGUUUCUGCUGGGUCGACAAAAUUCUUGCAUCUUUCGCCACCCGAAUUCUACUCAGGCAGCAUUUUACUCUCUUGCCAACCAAAUGAAUUUGUGCAACAAUUGACAACAACAGCACCCCCAGUAACGCCACCACCUGGUUCAGACGGAUCUAUCGCGGUUCUGAAUCCCGACCUUGAUCUUGGCAUAGGCGCUUCCUCCGCCUCCGCAUCUUCUUCCGACUUUGGUUCCUCCUCAUCUGCUUCCGCCGCCUCGUCAUCGACAAACGUCAGAUCGAAAAGGGAUACAAUGAGUGAGGCUGGAUAUGACGAAUUCAAGUUUCCAAUCAAUCGAACGCUAUUCAUAAACUGCUCAAACAACGAGUGGAAAUGCACAGAACUCAUCUGCAGCGGUCCACUCUUGACCGACAAAAGACCAGCAGAGCUGAAGUUGCAGCUCAAUUUGGACAUGGCUCUCCUUGAAAAAGAGCUGGGAGCAAACGACAUAGUCAUUUUUGCAACAACUGCCAAAGUUGAAAUUGUGAAUCCUAAAUCCGUGGAGCAGCCUGCAGUGCAGAGCCCCGACGUAGCUCACAUUUCUGCAGUUCUGUUGCGAAGCGCGCAAGCUGGUAAAGUGGAGACCUGGGUCAUAGCCCUUUCGGUGAUCGGCGGAAUUUUGUUGCUCAUGCUGCUCGUGACGGGCUUGGUGAAAGCUGGGUUCUUCCAAAGAAAAACAAGAGACGAGCUUUUGCUGCAGAAGCGACAGACUCAAAUGGCCGCAGCAGGUGCAGUAAUGAGCAAUGGUGGUUUGGAUGGCGAAGAUAACACUGUCUAUGAUGACAACAAGCCCACUAAAUAAUAUAUAAAUGGCUUUUUUCAAAUUUUACUUGGCUGAGUGAUUCAUUACUUUUAGGAAUGUAUACUUAGAUAAAGAAAACUUAUAAUUAUGUACUUAUGUAUUAAUUGUUUAUAUUUCUGAUUUAAUGCUUGAUUUUGAACCUUUUUUCAUCAAAUAAACAAAAACAUUCAAUAUAUAAAACACUAAUUAAUUUGUAUAAUAUAUAAGUCUAAAAUUGUAUUAAAUUAAUUUAUGUAAUAAAUCAUUAAUAGUAAAU